GCGAAGAGUAGCGGCCGCCUCCGCCCAAAACCCUCGGCCUUUCCCGCCCAAACGGCCAAAAAAUUUCCCCACACGGCUCCGCUCCGACCAUCCACACACGGCGAUGGAGGCCGCCGCCGAUGACCUCCUCGCCGCCCUCUCCUCUCCGUCCUCCCAGGCCGGCCUCCACUCCCGCUUCGCCGCCUACCUCCAGCCCUUCACCCCCCACCUUCCCAGCGCAAACCCUAACCCGAAGCCACCGCCGAAGAGGACGACGAAGCAGAAGCCGCCGCCGCCGCCUCCCGACGCGGCCGCCGUCCGCCCUCUCGCGAAGCGGUUCCUCCCGUUCCUGUGCCGCGCGCUCAAGCUCCUCUCGCCGCUCCUCCGCCCGAACAACCCUAGCGCCCCAGGCGGCGCCGGAUGGCUCGACGAGCUGCUCGAGAUCUACGGCCUCAUCCUCGACUGCCUGGCGUCCAUCUCGACCUGCCUCGCCGGGAAGCCCUACUCCGUGCUGCUCCAGCGCGGCCACUUCGUCUGCUGCCUCGAGUCGCUAGGCCACUACGCCCGCGCCGAGGCGGAAGCUGCCGCUAUUCUUGACGCCCUACGCUGCGCGCUCUCACCGCCCGUAACGUCGAAGCCUCGCCGGGGUGCUGCAAGUGUCGCUCUCCUCCCUGAUCCUGCCAUUGUAGGAGAGGCUGGGGCAGACCCUGAAAUCACCACCCUUGUGGUUGAGCUCACCGCUUGCCUUGCUAAUUGUGCCAGCAAGAGCAAGGUGAAGGAAGCUGCCCCGUAUGAACGGGUUCUCAGCCUUGUCGAGCAGCUAAAGCCAUGGCUCAGGACUCUGUCUGAGGAGACCAGACGGAAGUAUCUUGCUCUGCUUGUGAACGCAUUGAGCCGCUGUGCAAUUUUCCUGGCCGCCGAGUCUCCAUUUUUCAGCUCUAACCUUGUGUGCCGAUUCUGUGUUGCAACGUUAGGGGAGUGCGAGAAGGCGCAGAUGAUCGAACGCUUGCCGGCAGUUGCUCGGAAGAUCUGUUCAUCUGUAGAUUUGAGUUGGAAAGGGAGCACACAUCUUUUGCUCGAUGUGUUAAAGACAGUCGUUGCGUCUGUUUUAUGUGGCAAGGCAGACUUACCUAAAGCUGUAAAUGAGUUUCUGGAGUUUGUAGAUUAUUUUUCUCGUAGGUUUCUUUCUUCAAAUAGGGAUGUACACGUUGGUGCUUCAGUACUACUUUAUAGAGAAGGUGGUUAUUUCUCUGAGAUUUCUUCUCCAACUGCCUGUAUUCUGCAGCUUUAUGCUACCGGAUUGUACUUCAGUACUCAGCAAGUAGAAAGUGAAGAGCACUCCUCUAUAUCGAAUUUUCUCAUGGAAGAAAAGAAUUUACGGACUUUGAACAAUGCACUUGGCACACUAGCACUGCUUUUUAAUGUGACCUAUGGCAAAUUCAAUGCACUGGAUAGUUUGGGGAAAUAUUCAAGUUCACUAAAGCAGGCCGGACAUUCCAUUCAGAAACACAGUUAUUCUCAGUCACAUGAGCAUAUUUAUUUUGUGUCAUAUUUGGGUUCUCUGGAAUUUGUUUGCAAGAUACUAGUGCAGCAUGCAGAUGAAGUCUGGAAGAACUUCUCUGAAGGUGAAACAGUCCACAGUUCAGGAAACAUGAAAUAUGUUUUAACCGCACUGCAUCAGUUCAUCGAUUCCAGUCUUGUUGCUUAUAAUUGUACCAACAUAUCUGAAGGAGAAAAAGAGAGACUGCAAGAACAACGUGUAACCUUACUGAGAGCUCUAGUCUCAGCAAUCAAAAUGUCCUUUGUGACCAACGAAGCUAUAGAGAAGAGCUUGUCUUCUAUAAGCUGUGUCAUUUCAAGUACAUGGGUAAUGCUUGAGGAGGUCAAAUUUCUGAUUCCUUCACUCGGUAACAUUGGUGUGGCACUUCAUAAUAUAGGACAUUUUGAAAAGGCACCAAAGGCGUUAGAGCUAUGCUGUCAAACAAUAUGGGCACACACACAGCUUUCUUACUGUAGAUUAUCAGAAAGAACUGAAGGGCAGAUUAUUGAGGAUCUACCAAGGGAUACACUAAAGGAUUUGAUUACUGAUGCAUUUGCAAGGAUUGCAAAGAUGGUUGACACUCUCCAUAGAUGUGGCGCAAAAAUGAUACGCGAUAUCAUUGUGAAGAGCCUGUCUGAAUUAUUGGCUUAUGGUGACACACCUGAUUAUCACAACAGCUCUUUCGUUCUAAUCAAGUUGUGGGUUAAGAUAGCAUGUAAGGAUUUUAAGGAUGACCAACGUGUGGAUAGUGCUCGGCUUCUCUAUCACUCUCUUGUGGGCUACCCUUCUCCCCUGCCAAAGAAGUCGGUAGGGUUAAUCUUAGAACAGGAAUUAUUAGCAUAUGGAGUAAUGGAAUCUCAUGCCACCGUGCUCUGUGCACAAAUGCAGAACAUGAUAAUUGAUAUUCUCCUGAAUGAAUUAUAUUGCUCAAAAGGAUAUUAUUUGGAGAGAUCAAGGGUUCUUGUUAGAAAGGCACGUGUGCUCCGGGCAUCUGGAGUGCAAAAGAUAAGCAGCUGCAUCGAGUCCUUAUCUGAAGCCAUAUCUUUACUGCAAGGCAUCUUACUUGAUUCGUCUCGAGGCAAUGCUAUUGUGAUCCAUGAAUUGGCUAUUACAUACUGCUUGCAUGCCCAUUGUGCACAGGAAGCCAAUCUUGGUGGCAAGGUAAUCUUUGAUAAUGCUAGGAGUGCAGUUGGCUUGUGGUCAAAGAUGGACACUUUUCAUCAUUCUUCUCCCAGUAUGAUCUUUCAACCGCCAUCAGAAACUCUUGUACCACUUAUUUGUUCUCUUGUUGAUUUGCUUGCGAUAAAGGGCUGCUUCGAGCUUCAGUUUGACCUGUGCAAGCUUCUGGUAAUGAUAUGGAAACAAGAAAACUUACCCCUGGAAAAGUUAUUCUCCAUGUUGUUUACCGGCGGGCGCCUUAACCAUGUAUGCUGUCAUCUCCCAAUGGACCAGCAAUUUAUUUCUUAUGUGGUGCAACAUCUUGGCGUUGAUUGUCACAAAACAUUAUUUUGGAUAGACUGUUUCAAAGGAGACCAUCCUUCGCUUUCUAUGUUUCUUCAGCAAUUGUGGCCUAUCGACUUCUUCUUUUCUCAAUCAAGCGAACAGUCCUUCAGAAGUCAGUUUGGUUUCAGUGCCAGUGUUGAUGAGGUUGAUAAAGUUGCAUCAUCUCUGGUUUCUGAAGUUACAUCAAGUAAUCGUUCAAACUAUCUUGCUGGCUAUCUAUACCAUGGUUUGUCAGAAAGGCUUCUGUCAAGAGGACAACUUCUCCAGGCCAUUUCAUAUGGAAGAGAAGCCCUCCAAUUGCGCAAGAAGCUCCUAAAAAAGAAGUUCAAAUUUAACUUGGGCAAGUUCGUAAGUGGGGAAAGCCAAUGUUCUGGUGGUCAAGGUUUUGUUUCACUUGAAGCAUGGGGACCAACAAUAGCUGAAAUUUGGCCAGAUUCCACCAGGUCAAGCAGUACGAGUGAUUCAUUCUUUACUCCAUGGAAUGUACUUAGAUGCUAUCUUGAAAGCGUAUUACAGGUUGCUGUAAUGUAUGAAUUGAUUGGUAAUGGUGCUGAAGCAGAAGUUCUGUUACGUACAGGAAAGGAGAUAUCAUGCUUCCAAGGAUUACCAUUUUUCGCUGUUGUUUUUACAUCAGCGUUAGGUCAACUAUACCGUAAGAGACAGCUAUGGGAUGCUGCAGAGAGUGAGAUUAAACGUGCUAGGGAUUUCCUUGUGGAAAAUGAUAAAUUCAUCACAUGCAAGCUAUGCAAGUUGACUCUGGAGACAUCAAUUGAUGUGCAAGCUGGAGAUCUGUUUUGGAAUCUCUUUGAGAAAGACUUUCAGAAACAGUCAACAUGCAACUUGUCUAGUGCUUUGGGCAUGUACCAAUCUGCCAUGGAGAAGUUGAACAACACCGGUUUGGAAUUUCUUGCUGGGUCCUAUGAUAAGAAUAAUACUAGCUCUAUCUUUUGCCGCAAAGAUUGUAUUGCAGAAACCAAGCGUAGAGCUUGUAAUCAUGGGAAAGAACCCGUAGCAGCCAAUGAUGGAGUGUUACCUCCAUGUACUCCUUGUUUCCUGUUGAGUCGGACACCUAUUGACCAGAAGAAUAAACUCGUGGGAUUAAAAUCUGACAAGCAAAACUUGAGGAACGUCGAAGCUGCUCCACCAUUGGAUGUUAAAGUUAAGAGGGCAUCCAGAAGUUCGUCACGUUUAGCCAAAGAACAAAAUGUGGCAGCUCAUGCAAAGACUAGAACCACCCGCUCUAGUAAGCGAACUGCACAUAUGAAAGAUGAAAAUGAUUUAGCUGAACUAAAUUGUAAAAACGGCAUAUCUUGGAAUGGCCAAUUGUCCACAGGUGCUUUGGUCUGUGGGAAGGUAGACUGUUCUGUUGAUGUCAUUGAUUGCAGCAGAGAUGGCAUAUGCAAUAUCUUUGGAUGUUGGAGUUGCCUUUUUGUUAAUUCACUCAAUUCAGGGUGCAUUGAGAAUAUUUUGCAAUUCAGACUGGACUGUAUUCGCCGACGCCACCUUGUGUCUAUUCUGUUGAAAACAGCAAGAGCCUUGGCAGCUCAUGGUGGAAAGCAUGGAGCUCAUGAAGUUCAUAGUAUCUACUGGCAGUGCAUAUCAUUGCUGUAUUUCAGAUCUCCUCCUCAGGAUUGUUAUAGAACAUACGGGCCUUAUUUAAUUGGACUAAUGAUGGAUGAAAAUACUGGUGAUUUUCUUUCUUUCGAGCGGGCAGAAAUACUAUGUAAUAUGAGUUUCUUUUUACUAAAGGGCUUCCAUUCAGAACAGUCAAGGGAUGUGUGCUGCAGCCUCUCUAGUGUACAAAUGUCUGAUGUUGUUUCUUGGUUGCUGAAAGCUUUUGUGCUAUCUGCAGAGAGCCCCCUACUUCUUCAGGAGGUUUGCAGGUUACUUGCCUGCAUAUUCUUACUUUCGACGAUAGAUUCCACGAUCCAGUUACCUUUGUAUUCCAAGGGGUCUCUCUCUUUGAAUCAUUGGGCUGCAUACUUUCACCAAACUUCUGUGGGAACUUAUCUCAAUUAUCAGUACCUUGCUAGCUUACAAGCAUUGCCCAGAAAAAAAGAUUGCAAGGGUUCCAUUGCAGAUUUUGAAAAUGAGACAAAUGUUUUUCCAAAGUUUCUCAGGUUUUCAUCAGCAGAUAUUGAACAUCUGGAAAAGCUUGUAACCGAAUUCUUCCAUGAACUCCCUGAUGUGCCAAUUGUGUGCAUCAGUGUUCUUGGAGGUGAUUUUGUCAAUGUUCUUGGGGAAACACUUCUUCUCCCUUCCCUUUUUCCUGCUUGGAUGUUGCUUUCUAGAUUUGAAUCAACGAACAAGCCUACAACGAUGCUUCUACCAGUGGAUCCUAUUUUGGAAGAAACACUGGAUGGAAAUUCUUCUAUCAUAGAAUUGGAUUAUUCAACUAGAGCGUCAGAUAAGAAUUGGAAGUGCCCUUGGGGCUACACUAUUGUAGACUAUGUGGCUCCAACUUUUAAAAAGCUACUUGAGGAUAAUUUUAGAUCCCUCUCUGGUGCAAACCUCAGCCCAAAGGAUGAACGAGCAAAUACCGUAAGGUGGUGGUCAGAUAGAAUGAAGCUCAACGACCACCUUGACGAGAUAUUGGAAAACAUGGAAGAAUUGUGGCUAGGACCCUGGAAAUGCCUUCUCAUUGGUCACCAACUAGCUGAUCAACACAAUGAGGAGGCAAUGGAAAAUAUAAUCACGGGUCUGGAAUCAGAAUUCAAACUUGAGGCAAAUCCAGCGCUCAUCAAGGUCAUCCUCGGUGGUGUUACAUCAGUCGAUGAAUUGAGGGAAUGUCUUUCUCAACUAAUAUCAUAUAAAGGUUACUUUGGCAGGGGAGGGUGUUGUGGAAGAGAUAGGCUUCGAGCUUUCUCUGGCCAGAUUGAAGCUGAAGGUCUGGCAACCAUAGAGUAUUUAACUAAUGAUAUAGUUAAUGAGCUGGCUGAGCGAGUUGAUAGACAUCCUCUCAUUUUAGUUCUGGAUAUCGAUGUGCAGAUGCUUCCGUGGGAAAACUUGCCUGUUCUAAGGAAUCAAGAAAUAUAUCGCAUGCCAUCAAUGGGGAGCAUCUUUCUAGCAUUGACUAGAAGCACCAAUCAUUACAAAGAUGCCAAUGCUAUAGUCCUUCCUUUUCCUGUUAUUGACCCUUUCGAUGCAUUUUAUCUGUUGAAUCCUAGUGGUGAUUUGAUCAAAACACAAGAAGAAUUUGAUCAGCUGUUCAGAAACUACGAGUGGAAGGGGAACUCUGGGGAUGCUCCAGCACCUGAAGAGCUUGUCUUGGCCCUGAGGAAUCAUGAUCUUUUCCUCUACUUUGGACAUGGGAGUGGAAGUCAGUAUAUUUCUGGAAAGGAAAUCGAGAAGUUAGAUAAUUGUGCAGCUGCUCUUCUUAUGGGUUGCAGUAGUGGGACAAUUCAUUGCAAAGGGGAUUAUGCUCCUCAAGGGGCCCCUUUGUCUUAUUUAUUAGCUGGUUCUCCUUCUGUCAUUGCAAAUCUCUGGGACGUCUCAGAUAAAGACAUCGAUCGAUUUAGUAAAGUGUUGCUCAGUUCAUGGUUGCAAGAAAACCUUGCGGCCGUCAAGAGUUGCUCUAAAUGUUGCGAGCUAACACAAGAAUUUGAGUCCAUGACCAUUGCCCUGAAGGAUAAUGGUAGUCCAAGACGAGGAGGCACGCGUGGUAGGAAGCAGCAACAGAUAGAGAUAGGUGACAGCAGCAAAUCCUGCAAUUGCGGGCACAUUCGAAUAGCUUCUUAUAUAAAUGAAGCUAGGCGUGCUUGUAGGCUUCCGCUUAUGAUUGGUGCAGCUCCUGUUUGUUAUGGUGUUCCUACUAUUAUCAAGAAGAAGUAAUUAUUUGUGCUCUGAUGCAUGGGAGAUCAAUCAUAGCUGCGUGGCAUACUUCUGGGCAGCGAGCCAAAGAUGCAUAGUGCCGUCAUAGGCAUGUCCCUGCACAAGCUCAAUUGUGGUCAUGAAAUGAAAUGCUGCUGCUUGCACAUGCAGAGGAUGCAGAGCUGGCGGGACGAUACCAAUUGACACAUGCCUUGGAUCCGUGGUUUGACUAGAGGACCAGUAGUGGAAAGUUCAUACAUUUUGAUGAGCUUCAGUGCUGGGCCUCCACAGGUAUAUACAAGUAAAUGGUUAUUGCUAUACAUGUGCUUUCAAAUGUGGCUCUGAUCACAAAUGUAAUUGUAUGUUGCGAGAAAACAAUUAAGGCAUGUAGAGGCAUGAAACUGCCAGAGGCAAUUGGUCAUUGUUUGUAUUUCUCAAAAACUUUUGCUACAGUAUAAUAUAGACGGUCCCGUUGUAUGUUCUCA